UACGACGGCGUGCUUGGACUGGACGCCGAGUGGAAGCCAAUCACCGUACGAGACUGGAACAGGGUCUCGCUGCUCCAGGUGGCCACCAGCCGGCUGGUGUACGUGCUGGACCUGCUGCAGCUGACGGUGGUGUCGCCGCUGAUGGAGAGGCUCGGCGCCGCCAUCCUCUGCGGAGACAACCUCAAACUGGGGUACGACCAGGUGAGCGACUUCGACAUGCUGGAGAGUUCAGUGCCGUCAUUCGCGAAGGCCAUCAUGGGCAAGAAGAACAUGAUGGACGUCAAACCCUCGGCAGUCGUGUCGAGGAGGCGUUUCCAAACAUUUUCCCGUACAAGGAAGCGCCGGCCGCGCGCGGCCAGGACGGCGCCGGCCGCCGCAAGUCCAAGGAAGCGGUCAAGGGCCUCAGCGAGCUGGUGCGCAAGUGCCUGGGCAAGCCGCUCAACAAGGAGGAACAGUGCUCCAACUGGGGUCGCCGUCCGCUGCGCUCCAGCCAGCUGCAGUACGCCGCCUCGGACGCCUACUGCCUGAUCGAGGUAUACAACACACUGCGGGACGCGCUGUACGACCGCGAGGGCACCACGCCGGCCGCCGUUCUCAAGUGCAUCAUCACAAACACCGCGGCGCCCGCCAAGGCGCCGUCGGCCGCCAAGAACAAGCAGAAAAAGAGGCCCGCCGCGCCCGCGGGCAAGGGGCCCGAGCUGGAGAACGCGCCGCCGCCGAACGCGCGCGCCAUCCGGCCGGCGGCGUUCCGCGCCGUGUGCGACACCAUGGUGCAGGGCCUGGGCAAGAAGCUGCGCAGCAUCGGAGCCGACACAGUCAUACUCGAGAACGGCGAGGAUCACGACACGUGCGUGGUGCUGGCGCAGCGCGAGGGACGCAUCAUCCUGACGCGCGGCCGCGCCCUGCACCGGCGCAUGGUCGGCCUUGUGCCGGCCGGCCACUGCUACCACGUGGCGGCGGAGCGUGCCGCCGACCAGCUGGAGGAGGUGGUCCGCCACUUCAUGCUGGACGUGGCUCCCGAGGAUGUGCUGCGCCGCUGUCAGCCCGGCGGCCCGCUGGUCGACCUCAACACAGGCGCCGUCAGCGACUGCACGGUGUUGGUGCAGGCGGCCGGCCUGCACACCACCACUCUGGACGCCACCGACACCUUCUACGUGUGCCAGAGCUGCGGCCACGUCUACUGGGCCGGCUCCCACUACGGCAAAUACAUGGCGGGCCUGGGCCGCAUUGUGGGCGGGGCGCACGGGGAGGGCGCGUGCGGAGGCCCCACCGACGCCGCGCCCACCGCCCAGCUCAACUCCAUGAGCAUGGCGUGCGGCUCUGACUCGGAGUCCGACGGCGGAUACUUCUAG